UAGACCAAGACACCAGCAGUCAGAAUCAGAAAAGCUUUAGGUUUGUGUUAGAUGGAAGAAAUUUCCAAGUUACCAUUGCCAGAAGCUUUCCUAAAUUUCCUCCAAGCAAAUGGGCUUGACACUUCUAUUUAUACUACCAGCGAUACUACCCCUCGCUAUAUAAGGUUGAAGCCUGGGAGUGAAGAUGAUCUUCAAGAGAUUGAGGCAGAGAUAAACUGUAAGCUUCAGAGAGUUGUUUGGUUACCUGGUUUUUAUUCUCUUCCACCUCACCUUCAGAUUGCUAAUUCAAGGGCAUACAAGGAAGGAAAGAUUUACGGAAUUGAUGCGGCUUCUGGGGCUGCUGUUUUAGCGUUAAAUAUCUCAAGAGGAGAUCAUGUUCUGGAUCUCUGCGCUGCUCCUGGUGCUAAACUUUGCAUGAUAUCCGACCUUCUUGGUGAUUCAGGAUCUGUAACAGGGGUUGAUAUUGCAAGGCAUCGCCUAGCUGCUUGUAGAACAAUGCUGCAGAAAUAUGCACUAGGUGAUAGAUGCCGACUGUUUGUUGCUGAUGGAACAACAUUUUCCCUUAUUCCCGUGACAGAACAUUCAAAUUCUAGAUCAUGUGAAUCUGGAUGUCAAGAAAAGGAAGACACAUUUAAGGAGUGGACGUCAAGGAGACCAUGGAAAGAAAGGAAAAAAGCAAGUAAAGCAACGAAACAUGCUGCUUCAGCAUUUGUUGCAGAAAGUGAUCGUCCCGAACUAAUUUUUUAUGGGCGGAAUUCCGGGGUACUUGGGAUUAGCAAAAGUGAAUUAUAUCAAAUUGUGUGUAGUUGUGAAGUUUUGAGCUGUGGCUAUGAUAAGGUUCUUGUGGAUGCAGAGUGCACUCAUGAUGGGUCAAUUAGACAUAUCCAAAAAUUUGAGCAUUGGGGAUGGGAUACCCUUCAUCAACGUGUAUUGAAUGCAGAGAGAACUGAUAGUUUGACCAAUCUUCAGUUCAAACUUCUAACAAAUGGUUUUAAGCUGCUAAGACUUGGUGGUUUGCUUGUCUACAGCACUUGCAGUUUAACAGUUUCUCAGAAUGAAGAUGUGGUAGAAAGAUUUCUCAAGGAAAAUGCUUCUGCUGAGUUGCAGGAGAUAGAAGCUGCUAAAGAUUGGCCAUGUAAAAGUGGGGGGAUACUCAAGACCUUGCGCUUUGGCCCUGUAACUUCACAAACCAGUGGACUUUUUGUUGCGAAGUUCACAAAACUAGCCUUGUAAUUGAGAUUCUUCUGGUUGAUGUUCACCCUAUGAUCCUGUGAAGAAAUUGAUUUUCUGUCAGAACCCUGUCGAAGUAUUUGGCUUGGGUGAUGGAAUUAAUUGGUAUUAUUUGCUAUCAUUGGAGAAAAUGGCGACGCGUAUUAUUUUGGUUUCAUGCUGUGUUGGUUAAUGCUUCAUUCAGGCGUGAGCAGGCGAGCAGCCCAUCGAGCCAUCAUUCUUUAGAGAACCUACUCGGGUCAAGUUGGAUUACAGUGCAAGGGCAAAAAUAGAAGGAUCAAGAUUGUCUAAUUUUGGUUGCUCAAUCUUAUGUAAGGCUGGGAGACAUUAAUUUUAUGAUGGAACAAGCUAAUUAGUCUUGGUUUGCAUGCUA